AUGGUCAAGUGUGGUGUGACUGAGGGCCUGGGGGGCCAGGGGAUAACAACUCAGAAAAGCCAGGAGGCCGAGCCCUUGAUCUCUCUGAGCCUCCUGUUGUGGGAAGACUCAGAACACCUGUCCCAGCAACUGCAGACCAUCAGUUCACAGGAUCAGGAGCCACCUGGCUCUCCCAGCCUCUCUGACGUGGGCUCAGAGUACCUGCCUUUCUCCCAUGCUCAUGAGCAGGCCCUGGCUACAGAGGAGCUGCCCCAGCAGGGUGAAGUCUGCCCAGGACACAAACCUGGCUGGAGCCCCAGAGAGGGGCUGAUCCUCGGGGAGCUGGCGCCACCUAGUGGCUUCUUCCCAUACUACCGCUCUCAGGAAGUGCAUCUCUCCAGCAACACCCAUCAAGACCGCUGGUGUCUGGGCACCAGGGAAGGCUUUCCCGCAAGUGGGGCACAGGAUGGCUGCUGCAAGGUGACAGCCAGGGGAACACGGCCUCGGUCACCCGGGGAGCAGGUGCCAAGCCUGGGUUCUGGUCUGGACCUGCACCCUCUAAUCUCACGAGCAAACCCUCGGCUGCUACACUGGUCUGCCUUGGCGGGGCCAGACCCCCUGUCUGGGUUCUCGCCCUCCCCAGCCUGCUGCCUCUUCUGGGGAGGCUUCGUGUGUGAUGGCCAGCAGAAUCUUCAUCUCUCCAGGGACCAUGCUCUCGGUGUAUCAGGGUUUGUACCGUACUACAGGAGCCCUGAAGAGAGGUUUCACCCCAGCCCGGUGCCUUCCUCCUCCGUGCUGGGGAGCUCGAGGGACUGA